AUGAUGCUAUUGUCAAUCAUUCUUGUCUUUUCCUCGAUAUUACUCAGCUUCGCUAGUGAAGAUGCGUCGAAUACAUUAGCUGUUCUUAUGCCUGAUGUUAUUGCUAAUCAUGUCGAUGAUUAUCUUUGUACAUCAGUUGAAUUGGAUCAUGACAAGCCAGUUUAUAUAACGGCAUUUAAUCCAUCUGCAACUUCCAACGACGCGCAUCAUAUUUUACUUUAUGGAUGCACAGAACCCGGAAGUGAGAAGAAAGUUUGGAAUUGUGGUGAAAUGUCUCAAGCAUCGGAUUCAGCAUCGAAUAAAUAUGAAACAGGACCAACAUGUGCGUCAGGCUCGACGAUUGUCUAUGCAUGGGCUUUGGAUGCUGAUAAAACUGAAUUGCCAAAAGAUGUGGCGUUCAAAAUCGGUGCGACAACACCGAUCAAAUACCUUGUCUUACAAGUGCAUUAUGCUAAUAUUGAUAAAUUCAAAGCUGGUCAAACGGAUCGCUCUGGUUUGAUUUUAACAACAACGCCUAAUCCUACACCUAAGCGCGCUGGUGUCUUUUUUGCCGGCACUGGCGGUCAAAUCGAACCGAAUUCUGAAGAGAUCUUCGAAGCUGCUUGUCAAAUUGAACAAAAUAUCGAAAUGCAUCCAUUUGCAUUUCGAGUUCACGCUCACAAGUUGGGUCUAGUCAAUUCGGCUUAUCGCGUUCGCGGUGAAAAAAACGAACAAGAAUGGAGAGAAAUCGGUCGUCGUUCACCUCAAUUACCGCAAAUGUUCUACCCAAUUCAUGGUAAUUUAACAAUUAAAAAAGGUGACUACAUCGCCAUCGCUUGCACAAUGUUCAAUUCAAGAUCACACGUUGUCCGAGUCGGUCCUACUGGCGAUGACGAAAUGUGCAAUUUCUAUAUGAUGUAUUGGGUUAAUGACGAUAAUCUGUUAGAUGUUCCGUUUUGCCAAAGUGCAGGACCUCCACAUUAUUAUUUUAGUGAAAAUCAAGAUCUCAAUGUUGAUAAAAUACCCAGUGAAGCAUUUCGAAUUCCUCCGCCACCGAAUGGCCCAGUUCCUGGUCAAGUCAUGCAGCACGAUCAUCAUACGAUGACGGAGCAAAAGAAACCAUUCCAAAGACGACAGUUUCGUAAUCGAUACACCAAUGGAAUAAAGUGA